CAUACAGAGACGGGAUCGCUUCAGUGGAACACCGCAAAGAUCACUACCAGGUGAGCAUACCUUAUUCGUGUGGUGUUCCACUAAGGAAGAUCCGUCUCGGUGCGACGACGAAGAGACCAGUCUCGAGAAGACGAACAAUUGUGGAACACCGACACAGGUCAUCGUACUCGUUUCAAACGGCCGAUCGUCUCUGCUUCGUAAUGGAAUUUGCGAUAGGUGGCGAUCUGUACUACCAUCUGAAUCAAGGCUUCUCGGAGCCACGAACUCGUUUCUACGGUGCCGAAAUCGUGCUCGCACUUGGAUAUCUUCACGCUAACAACAUCGUCUAUCGCGAUCUCAAGCUCGAAAAUCUUUUGUUGGAUAAGGAUGGGCACAUCAAAAUUGCCGACUUCGGUCUCUGUAAGGAAGAAAUCAGCUUUGGAGACAAAACGAGCACAUUUUGUGGGACACCGGAAUAUUUAGCGCCAGAGGUAUUGGAAGACAAUGACUAUGGUCGUAGUGUAGACUGGUGGGGUGUUGGAGUGGUAAUGUACGAGAUGAUGUGUGGCCGAUUGCCAUUUUACUCACGGGAUCAUCAGAAACUGUUCGAGUUGAUAAUGGCUUCCGAAUUACGGUUCCCAAGUAAGCUCAGUGCAGAAGCAAAACAGCUCUUAACAGGAUUGUUAGUCAAGAACCCCACACAACGAUUGGGUGGUGGACCAGAUGACGCGUUGGAAGUCUGUCAGCAACCGUUUUUCAAGUCAAUUGAUUGGGAGAAGUUAUAUAGAAAGGAGAUAGAGCCCCCAUACAAGCCAUCUGUUCAGAGCGAGACGGAUACGAGUUACUUUGAUAAAGUGAGAGAAUCUCCCAAGCUGAGAAGGAGUCCGGCGUUUCUAUCAAGAAGGUCAGCCAAGAGUAAACCAAUACCAGGAUGCACCAUUGUCCUUGUAUUAAACUAG